AUGGCCCCACGUAAAAGGAGUGAUAUAUGGAAUCACUUUACUGAAUUAGAAGAUAAUAAAGCCAAAUGUGGGUAUUGCAGUAACAAGUACAGUGUUGCUGGUGGAUCUUUUGGCAAUUUGAGACGCCACUUAAAAACUGUAUAUCCCGCUGUAAUAAUAUCAAAAGCAGUAGUGACUAGUGAUGAAAGUCAUGUAGAUGAUCCUGCAGAUGAUGGUCCACCAGUAGAAACAUUGAUUGUUCCUGGUACUAGCGGUGUUAAACCAAGCCAACCUACUCAAAAACAAAGUAGCAUUAUGCAUUUUAUGCAAAAUAAGAAACCUAUGGUAGACAGUAGAUCAAAACAAAUUGAUGAGCAGGUUACAAAAAUGAUUGUUAAAGGAUACUAUGCGUUUUCUAUAGUGGACGAUAAGGAAUUUCGAAAAUUCGUAAAAAUGUUGAACCCUGGAUACGAGCUUCCUUGUCACCAGACAGUAUCUAAAAAUCUAGUUCCAAAAUUAUACAAUUCCACAUUAGAAAAUUUAAAAAAAAAAGUUGAAACUGCAAGGGCAGUUUCAUUAACAACAGAUGGAUGGACUUGUAUAAAUAAUAGGAGCUAUAUUGCAGUCACAGCUCAUUUUAUUGAUGGUGACGGUACAUUGUGUUCCGUUUGUCUUGGUUGCGAAUAUUUUGACCAACGGCACACGUCAGAUAAUUUAGCUGCCUUUUUAAAAAAAAUAGCAACUGAAUGGAAAUUGAAUAAUAAAGUUGUAGCCAUUGUUACCGAAAAUGCUUCAAAUAUUACUAAAGCUGUAGGUCAAUUACAUUAUCGACAUAUAGGAUGUUUUGCCCAUUCCAUUAAUCUUGUUGUUCAACACUCUCUUGAGAAUAUUUCGGUUAUAGUAUCUAAAGUAAAAAAAAUUGUUGAAUUUUUUAAACGUAGUAGUAAUGCAUUAGUAAAACUUAAUUCAACUCAAUCUCAAAUGGGUCUACCUAAGUUGAAAUUAAAACAAGACUGUGUGACCAGAUGGAAUUCGACAUUUGAUAUGUUGAAGAGAAUUGUUUCCAUCAAAGAUGCUGUAAUUUCAACUUUAGCUGUGUUACAAACCGAAAUUGCAGUUUUAACUCCAGCUGAAUGGGAUAUAGUUGAAAAGGCCAUUGAUGUACUGCAAAUUUUUAAUGAAGUCACCAUCGAAGUCAGUUCGGAAAAAACAGUGUCUGUGUCAAAGGUAAUAGUUUUAGUUAGUUCUAUGUUCCAGACUAUAGAAACUUAUGUUCAUGAUAUAUCUUUGCCGUAUGAAGUAAACCAAUUGGCCAUUUCUCUGAAAAAUCAAUUGAGGAAAAGGUUUAGUGACAGUGAGGAAAAUUAA